AUGGCCACCGUGUCCUCCGUGGCCACCGCCGUAUCCUCCGUGGCCACCGCCGUAUCCUCCGUGGCCACCGCCGUAUCCUCCGUGGCCCCCGCCGUAUCCACCAUGGCGGUGGCCAGGCUCAGGUUCUGGUUGAGGCCAAAAGCAUUCUUGUUAACGCCCGUAGCCAUAUCCACCGUGACCGUGGCCGCGUCCGCCGUAUCCGCCAUGGCCACGCCCACCGUGGCCGCCAUACCCAUGCCCACCGUGGCCAUGUCCGCCAUAGCCAUGCCCGGGUUCGGGUUCAGGUCGAGGGUCAGCCGCCGCUACCCCCAGAAGGAGGAAGAGGGACAAGAUGGCGACGAACUGAGGAAAUUAAUGAUCUUCCUGGCUGUGUUCUCAGUUUUCCUUCUUCUGGCCGGAGCCUUCGCCCAUCCUAAGGCCGAUCCUAUGCCUGAACCAGGCUACGGCCACGGACACGGCGGUCACGGCGGUCACGGUGGCCAUGGACACGGUGGAUACGGUGGCCAUGGCGGCCGUGGACACGGAGGAUACGGCCACGGAGGUUACGGAUACGGCCGUUAG